GAGUUGCAGUUCGUGUCGGAUGUGGAUUGUUUCCCAGUGAAAAUGCAAUUCCGGAGCUUUUUAAACAUUUUCCUCCUGAGUCUGGUGGCUCUUCAGCAGCUGGACUUGGGCUCUAGUUCUCGGAUCUUGGCAGCCUUCUUCUUUCCCGGCAAGAGUCAUUUCAUGAUGACCAAUGCCAUUAUUCGGGAAUUGGUGAAGCGAGGCCAUGAAGUCACCUUCAUCACACCCUUCUCCUUGGCCAAGGAGAAGCUGGGACCCAACUACAAGGAAAUUGUGAUUCCAAAAUACGAUUUCUGGCCAGAGACUCAGGAACUAACAAAGACCAACACUGUUCUGGAAAUGAGUGAUUUGCCCAAUUUGACCUUCGUCCGUUUGGUCUAUAUAAUGGGUCUUCGCAGCACAGACUUCGCUUUCGAGCAGCCGGGCGUUAAGGAAUUAAUCAAUGCCAAGGAUAAGGUGGGGAAGUACGAUCUCCUGCUGGUACCACAGUUCUACAACGAGGGAGCUCUCAUCCUGGGACACCUCUAUCAGAUUCCCGUCAUAACCACUUCGUCCUACGGGUUUGCCAACUUUUUUAGCCAGAUGGUGGGCAUAGUGUCUCCUUGGUCGUUUGUCCCAAACGCCUUCAUGCCCUACACCGAUCGGAUGACUCUCUGGGAGCGCAUCGGGAACGUGGUCAACAGUGGCAUUGAAGAUCUUAUGAGGGAGUUCUCCUACUAUCCCAACCAGGACGCCAUCCUUCAGAAGCACUUCUCCAAGCUGUUGGACAGAGUUCCCUCUGUCAAGGAACUGGAGAGGAAUAUCUCUGCGAUUCUGUUGAAUAACUACAUGCCCCUGGCCUCUCCCAGACCCGUUUCCUUCAACAUGAUUCAAGUGGGCGGCCUGCACAUUCAACAGCCAAAGGCUCUGCCCGAGGAUCUUCAGAAGUUCCUCGAUGGAGCCACCCAUGGAGCCAUAUACUUUAGUCUGGGUUAUCAAGUGCGAAGUGCCGAUAUGCCGCCCGAGAAACUAAAGGUAUUCCUGAACGUCUUUGGCAGUCUGAAGCAGCGGGUUCUGUGGAAGUUCGAGGAUGAGACACUGCCCAAUCUCCCAGCGAAUGUGAAGGUUCAGAGUUGGAUGCCCCAGGCAGACAUCCUGGCACACCCCAAUGUUAAAGUAUUCAUCGCCCACGGAGGACUCUUUGGUACCCAGGAAGCGGUGCACAAUGGAGUUCCCAUCCUGGGAAUGCCAAUAUACUGUGAUCAGCACCUAAACAUUCAUCAAGGCAAGAAGACAGGCUAUGCCUUGGGUCUGGAUUACAGAAAGGUGACGGAGGAAGAGCUCAGGGAAUCCCUGCUGGAGCUGAUCGAGAACCCCAAGUACAGGAACAACAUGAGGCAGGCAUCCAGGGUGUUCCGAGAUCGACCUCUCAGCGCUAUGGAUACGGCAAUGUAUUGGAUAAACUAUGUGAUCGAGCACCGGGGGGCACCUCACAUGGUCUCCGCUGGAGUCCACCUGCCUUGGUAUCAGUUCUACCUCCUGGAUAUUAUUGGUCUGACUCUAGUCCUCAUCCUCUUGCCGAUCAUUGCUUUAGCAAUCAUCUGCCGGAGGAGCUCCAAAUCGAUAAAUACUCACAAGUUGAAGGCUAAGACAAACUAAAACAUAGCCUUGCAAUUUACCUUGAGAAUUAAAUCGAUAAUUUAUAUGCUAAUUUUUGGGAAAAUCAAAGUUUUCCAAAUAUCAUAACUAU